AAAAAAAAAAAGAGAAUCACCCAAUUCUCGUAAUUUGAGCCAACCAACAAAACCUCUUCUUGACUACUACUAAAAAUGUCCGAUUCAAUUAGCCGGAGAAGAGUCACGGCGAUGCACGGAACCCGAGGUCGGAGCCCCAUAACAAGACGUCCGGCGAAGCACCACCAUGUAUCCCGUCGGAUUCCCAGUAAGAUUCGCUCAAAAUCUUAUAAGAUCCUCCGUCGAAGUUUCUCGGAGCCAAAUCUCUAUCGGAGUAGCGCUAGUGAAGAUGAUGAUCCUCGGCGUUGCUCUACUCCGAUGAUUGAUCUCCCAGCGGAAGAAUCCGAGCAGAUCGUUUACCUCUCUAAGAUCCGUUCGGAGGUUUUCGCUUCAGCUCCGUCGUUGUUGUCUGGAUUCUCUUCUCCGUCUUCGUCAUCUUCUCCGAUUAAUCAACAGGUUUACAAGAGAGAAGCAGCUAAAGUUAUGAUCAGUGUAUCAGUAGAAGGAAGUCCAGGGCCAGUAAGGACAUUGGUUAAACUGAGUUGCAAUGUCGAGGAAGCGAUCAAGAUGGUCGUUGAGAAGUAUGGUAAAGAAAGACGAACACCGAAACUCGAUAAAGAUCUUACCUUUGAACUGCAUCAGUCUCAUUUUAGUAUCCAGUGUUUGGAGAAAAAUGAAGUAAUUGGUGAAAUAGGAAGUAGAAGGUUCUAUAUGAGAAAGAGGGAACUGGAGAAUCGGAUUACGGUGAGAAGGAGUCUUCCGUCGUCAUCGAAUUUAAUCGAAUCUUUCAUCGCACAGAAGAUUGGGAGAAUCGUGAGGAGGACAAGGAAGUUAUGGAACAUCUUGGUAUGUGCUCAAUAAACAGUUUAAGCAUUACCGAGUGUUUUUAAAAAUAGAUGUGUUAUAUUCUUGGAGCAGCACAUAAUAUUUACUUGUGUUAGCUCCAACUUCAUACAUUUGGUUCACUUCUUUGUAUAAAUGUAUUUACUGAACAACAUAGAUUUGUUUUACCUAGGCAUGACCACGGUUACGGUUAAUGCGAUUAUGGUUAAUUAACCACCAGUUAACGGUUA